GGCCUUUUGGCUAAGAUCAAGUGUAGUAUCUGUUCUUAUCAGUUUAAUAUCUGAUACGUGAGCCAUUGGCUCACAUGAUAUUAAAUUAAUUUUUCCAGGGGCAGAGGCCAUUACAGUAGCUUGCUACUGGGUCUCUCAAGCGUCGUCUAGGCGUUGCACUACAGCCUGGGCCUGGCGCACCCCACCCAAUACUAGUCCAAGUUUUCAAGGGAGUUUAACUGAGAAUAAUGUACAUGAGGGUCCUAACAGACAUUGGCGAUUUGGUCAAGGUUGGAGAGCCUAGCCUGAGAAGCCUUAAAGCUGUCGUAUUGCUAUCAAAUGCCGACGUGAUACAACUGCUAUCACUACAAUGAAAUGCAAGAGCAAGCAACUUGCUUUCGUUUCUAUUCAAGGUUGUGCAACUGUUAUCCAAGUUUCUAUCCUGCUCAUAGUGCUAGAACCUUACUCAACCGGUAACCGGGUGCAUUUUCCAGGUGAAGGGAGUAUGUGCAACUGUUCUAGACAUUCAAUUAGUCAGGCUAAAUGUUAUCCUGUGGGGAGCUCAAACUCUUGUUUUGCAUGCAACCUAGGGUAAUAUUUAUAUUUCGUCUUAUCAUUUACUUUAUGAUGAGUUUGUGUUUGUAUGUUUAUGGGAGCAUGAAAUGUAAAACCUUCUCAUUUUAAGCCACGGAUUAGGAAUAUUUGGAACAAUUUUCUCCAAAUUAGAAGAGGGAUUCUUUUGGUAGGAAUCAUUAAUCAUUGGAGUUGUACCAAAGUCACUCCGGUAGGUGAUCGGGAAUCCGGAAUUAAAGGGACACUGCUGCAAAUUUGGCUGUGGUUGGCAUCUUGCUAUUGCUGGUAGGUUUCUAGUUAAUGUAAAAGGAUAAGUUAUUUGGCCAUCAAAGAAAGAAAAGAGGUCAAAAGUAGCUUUUUACACAUAAUGUACUGACUUAUGACCCACCUCCCAACUUGUUCCCCUAUCUUAUGCUGCCUACUUCUACGGUUCUACUACCAUUUCCACUUCUUCAGUGCAAGUUGAAUUGCAA